AUCCCGUACCAACACCACCUGCCAGCAACAGCGCAGAGACACACGAAUUAAUCGAAACGUUCCAUAAUCCCCAAACAAUCAUAACAAUCCGACACAAUGGGUGGAAAGCGCAAGAACGCGGCCGCCCGCGGCGUCUCCCCCACCCCUUCAGCAACCUCGACGACACCAUCAGCAACAGUCACAACCAAAGUCCAACCCAAAGAUUCCGCUCCUCCCAUUGCCACGACAACCAAUGCCUUUGCUACCAGCACUCAGAUUGAGCCCACUACUAGCACCUCUACCACAAAAGCCAGUGGGACUACUAGCAAGAGCAGCAGCAGCAACAUUGACAAGACGGCGGCGGCGGCGGGGGGACAAGCAUGGAACAAAGUCUUCAGCAACCUUUUGAGACACUACCAGGACACAACGCCGCAGCGGACCAAGCUGCUUGAUGCCUUCAUGGCAUUCUUGGUGGUAGUGGGCGGGUUACAGUUUUUGUAUUGUGUUUUGGCUGGCAAUUAUCCCUUCAACGCCUUCCUCUCCGGCUUCUCAGCAACAGUCGGCCAAUUCGUCCUGACGGCCUCGCUACGGAUCCAGACGACCGAGGCAAACAAGAGUGAUUUCCCUUCGGUGUCGCCUGAACGGAUGAGCGAGCGAAUGAGCGAGGGGGUCCAAAAGUGCACCAGCGGGGAUGGGGAGGAUUGUCCUGCGAUUCAGGGGUUGAUAAACAGAUGCAGGUAAAUGAGUGGGAAAUGGUCGAAAGACGGGAACAUGAAGGAAGGAAGCAAGCAAGCAAGCAAGCGAUCAAGCAAGCAAACAAUAACAGAACCGUCCAAGAUCUUAAAGGAGCCAGCAGAAGACAAAAC